AUGCUUGAUGUUGACGUGGAACCGCCAACGUAUGACAACACGGUCAACGACUCAAGGACACAGCUCAGCUGUGGAGAGACACCAACCUUGUUCCUGGAUAAAACGACAAUCUUCGCCCAUACCUCACCACCUCGCGCGCUCUAUGAGCUGAGCAAUAUCGUGACCGACGCAAAGUCAUUGGUGUAUGGGGUUCAGAAAGUGGUUUACAGAGUUUCUUCAGAAGCUGGUAGCGACAAAGUGAGAACGAGAUUGGACCACAUCUACGACUUCACACAGGACCCGCUCAAGGGACUCGAAAGCUGCAGUAUGCAACUAAACGAUGUCACGGUUAUUAAAGGUCAAAUGAGCUCCAAGAAAACGUAUAGGGAAGUCUACCUAUUGCCCGGCGUCUCUGGGUGGAAGGUAAAAGAUCACUUCAAAGUUGGGGACAGCGCGGUGCACCAGAUGAAGCACCAACAUGAGAUUCACUGGAAGAACACGAAGGGAGAAGUUGUCGCUAUUGAGUCAGUCGCAAAGCGAGACAAGGAGAAGAAACUGUUGGGCAUGCCUCAAUUGGAUGUUAUACUGCCCAUGGACCACAAAGAGUUGGACCUGUUGGUGACAAGCUGGAUGGCGAGGCUCUGGAGACAGUCAGCUGAUGAAACCAGGGAACCCAUGACCUGGAAAGACUUCAAGGAGAUUUCCAAAAUCGCCCUUAGCAGGAAUAAAUUUGGAAACACUUGGGCGCUGAGUAGCACGUGA